AUGCGCGAGGCGCGCGGCGCGAUCGACGACGCGCACGAGGCCGUGAACCGCGCCGUCGACGACUGCGACGCGGUGGGCGCGCGGGGCUACAAGGCCGGCGGCGAGCGCGCCAAGUGGCCCGUGAAGCUCGACAAGGACGCCGCGCGCGGCCGCGUCUUCCGCUGCGUGCGGCGCUACGACGAGAAGUCGCUGAAGCAAGUCCGGACGGGCAAGGACGGAUUGGAGAUCCUCUCGUACCUCAAGAACGGCGUCUACUUCACGACGGAGGCCCUCGUCAAAGCCUGCGGGGCCUACCAGGCCGCGAAGGGCGACUACGAGCAGAGCCAGCGGGCGCUCACGGCGGAGCUCGUCAAGACGGCCGCGACGUACGCGCCCGUCUUCGCGCGGUGCGGCGGCGCGCUCGCGCGUUUAGACGCGCUGACGGCCUUCGCCACGGCCGCGGCCUUCGCGCCCGGCGGCGCUUACUGCCGGCCGGCGCUGGCGGCGGGCGACGGCGCGCCGCUCGAGUUGAAGGGCGCGCGGCACCCGGUCGUCGAACAUCGCGACGGCGUCACGUUCAUCGCGAACGACUACGCGCUCGGCGGCGACGCGGGAAGCCUGGUGUUGGUGACGGGCCCGAACAUGGGCGGCAAGUCGACCUACAUCCGGGGCCUCGCGGCCCUGGCCGUCAUGGCGCAGGCGGGGAGCCUCGUGCCGUGCGAGGCGGCGGCGCUGCCGCUCUUCGACUCCGUGCUCGCGCGCGUCGGCGCGGGCGACUCGCUCACCAAGGGCGUGUCGACCUUCAUGGCCGAGAUGCUCGAGGCGUCCCAGAUCCUCCACGUCGCGACGCCGCGGAGCCUCGUGAUCAUCGACGAGCUCGGCCGCGGCACGUCGACGUACGACGGCUUCGGCCUCGCCUGGGCCAUCUCCGAGCACAUCCUCCUCGAGUCCAAGGCCAAGUGCCUCUUCGCGACCCACUUCCACGAGCUCACGCAGCUCGCGGACGACCACCCGGGACGAGCGCGGAACCGGCACGUGUCCGCGCACGUCGACGACGACACGGGCAAGAUCACGUUCCUCUACGAGGUCAGGGACGGGCCCUGCCUCGAGUCCUUCGGCAUCAAGGUCGCCGAGCUCGCCGGCUUCCCCGACGCGACGCUCGCCGUCGCCAAGCGCAAGGCCGCGGACCUCGAGGCGCCGGGCGGCAAGCAGGCCAAGGUCGCCGUGUCGCCCUAG